CGACGCGCUUUAAUUUGGUAUAAAAAUAGUUAUGUACGCUAUUUGAAAUUAUAGUGUUACCCCCUCGAAAAACAUUUUUACGCACCCUGUAUAGUAACUCUAUUUUGGACUUAGUUAUAAUAGUUUUUCAGAUAGACUUUAAUUUGAACUAAAAAAAAAAUUUUUAAACGGAUAAUGAAUUUGAUCGAUACUAUAUAAAAAUUCGCGUUCUUUUGGGAAUAAAUUCAAAGACAAUUCACGAAGAACUUGCAACAACUGUGGGACCCUAUGCUCCAUUAUAUCCAACAGUUGCAAGGUGGGCAAAACAUUUUCAUGAAGGAAAAGAAGAUAUCAAUGAUGAACCUCGAUCUGGUCGUCCGAUUUUCGAAUUUACAGAUGCAAAUAUUGAAUUGGUACGACAGGUUAUCAGCAAUGAUCCACAUUCAAGCUAUGAUGAUAUUAUAACUGAGACUUCUCUCUCCCAUGGUAUAAUAGAACAAGUUAACCACCACUGUCUCAAGAUGAAAAAAGUAAGAUUUCGUUGGGUACCCCAUCAACUGAAUGAUGAACAAAAGCGAGAACGAUUUAGACUUUGUCGCGAAAAUUUGGCGAAAUUUCGUGAUGGUUCCUGGCGAUUAUGUGAUAUUAUUACAGGUGAUGAGACAUCAAUUUACCCUGGGCAAAUUCGUCACAAGUCAACUAACGCAAGCUGGAUUGGUGGAGAUGAGUCACUAAUCCCUAUUGUUCGUCGAAGUAGAUUUGAACCAAAAACUUUAUUUUCUAUAUUCUUUAAAUCAAAUGGUCCUGUUCUUAUAAAUGCUGUUGAUAAAGGCAAUACUAUAAUAGGGUUAAAUUUAAAAUAUGAUCAGACUUUAACGCGUUUAGAAGCACAAAAAUGUUGCAUUUUAAAUAUGUUUACACUUAAAUCAUCGAAAAUUGCCCAAAGGAUCAAAAUACAAUCGUUGUCUCAAAUUUAG